AAUGAUCAUGUGUGACGAUUUAUUACAGAUUAAAUAAUAUAACCAAAUCUAAAGUGUAACCAUCAAUUAUAUUUGUUUAUUAAUUUCACAGAGUUUUAUUCGUAUAUAUUUUAUUCUGGCACAAAGUGUGUUGCCCAGUUGGGGCUUGAGUUUGGCGCUAAAUUUCAGCUGUUGCUUUUUUUCUCUCAAAUGAAGUUGAUUGCUGCUUUGGAAGCUACUGCAGAUCCCAGAGUUACCGAAACAUUUACCGCUUGGAAUUGGCGUUAUGGAAGUGUCGGAGGAAGAUUUCCUGGAAACUUUAACUUCUCUCCUGGCGGAAAACGAGCCUGAGAUCGAGACGGAGGAGCUGGACGGCGCUGCAGCGCAAGACGCGGAGGAAGACCUGGACGGCCUGUUCGAUGACGAUGAUGAUGAGGAAGAGUAUGACGAAGGGCUUGAAGAGGAUGAGGGAAGCGGAGCGGCACAGCAGGGCACCUCUACUCUGUUCGGAGAUAUCAAAGACUUGGAGGGAGAGGAUGAGGAGGAGGGACAGGAUGAGGAAGAGCGGUCGAGUGAGCCAAGCAGCAACGUGUCAGGGGAAGCAAACGACGAAUUGAUGAACAAAUCCAAAGAGGAUCUGGCAGCCGAGCUGCAGCGCAUGCAGGAGCAGAUGCAGAGGCUGCAGCAGCAGCUGGAGGCCACGCAGGCGGCCGCCGCCACCCCAGGGGAUGGAGCCCCUCCCAAACCAAAGCCCUCAGCACAACCAGAAAAGCCUGCAGCCCCCACCGGGAGGACAGCACCCCCUGCUGUUCCACCUGUGCCACUGAAAAACAAGAAGAGGACAGCCCACCCGCCCAAACGCUCUCCUAAAGAAGACAUUGAGAACAACACUGUGGGACAGAGUGACAGCUGCUCUCAACCUGUGAGGGCCAAUAGAAAGCUGAACAGCAAGCCGCAGCCGCCACUUCCACAGGCCACUCCCCCAGUCCAGAAGGCUCCGCCCAGGCCACCUGCUCCACAUGAUGCUGCCGUGGAGAAGUUCUCUGGACUAAGGCUCAGAAAGCCGCGUGUGUCUUCAGUUGAAAUGGAGCGCAAGAUGGCCGACCGCAGGCUGAUCCGGCUCUCCCAGUUACCGGACAGGCUGGCCAGGGAGAAGCUGGAGGAUAGCGACUGGGUCACCUUUGCUGUGGUAGUCAGCAAGGCCACCCCACAGAGCAACAGCAGUGGCAAGACCUUCAGCAUCUGGAAGCUGAAUGACCUCCAUGACCUGGAAGUGUACGUGUCCCUCUUCCUGUUUGGGGAGGUGCAUAAGGAGCACUGGAAGACGCACCCCGGCACCGUCAUCGGCGUUCUGAACCCCAGCCCUAUGAAGCCCAAGGACGGAUCGGACGGGGUGUGCCUGUCCGUGGACCACGCCCAGAAGAUCCUGCUCAUGGGAGAGGCUCUAGACUUCGGCACCUGCAAGGCCAACAAGAAGAACGGGCAGCUGUGCAGCCAGCUGGUCAACCUGCACGAGUGUCAGUACUGCCAGUACCACGUGAAGGCCCAGUACAAGAAGAUGAGCGCCAAGCGGGCCGAGCUCCAGUCCUGCUUCUCGGGGAAGGUUCCGGGCAAGGCGCAGGCUGGGCGUGGCAGGGGCGGAGCCAGCCUGAAGGAGCGCCUGUGUCACACGGGGUUCCACUACGGGGGCGUGUCCUCAGCGGCGUGCGCGGCCUCGCUCACUGCUUCCCAGCCGAAGAAGCCCAGUCAGACCACGCUGAGCAGCCUGUUUGUCAGAGGGGCUGACCAGAUCGUCAGCCAGGCCAAGGGCAUCGCCAUGCAGGCUGGUCAGGUGUCAGGCUGCACUGAUGAUUUCAGAGGUCUGCUGUCCUUGCCUACCCCAGGAGCCCUGAACCUGAAGAGACACCUGUCUCACGCCAGACCCUCAGGUUCAGCAAGCGUUGAGGUUCAGUACAUCUCUGCCUCCCAGCUCCUCAAACAGCAGAAACAGCGGAUGCUGGAUUCCAGGAAGAUGCGAGCUGAGGAGAUCGAGAGGAGGCGAGCUGAGGAGAUCGAGAAGAGUGAACAUCUCUGCUUCUUAUUCAGGAUCCUGCAGAAUUUUGGGAAGGCUGGAGCUGACGCCCCCCACACCCCCACUCUAGGGCGGGGCCUUGCAGAGGGAGAGGACGUCCUGUUCUUCUUCGACCGCACCCCCCCCCCUCCCCCUCCCUCUCACAGCCUCCCGGCUGCUAAGCUGGCUGCCUUGAAGAAGCUCCGGCAGAAGGGCGGGGCCAUCGCCAAAGAGGACCCCAACGCCGUUAAACGCAAAAGGCCCAACAGCGCCGACGUCGCCGCCAAGCUGGAGAGCAGUCUGCAGUCUCCCCCGGGUGAUGAGGCGGGGGCGGAGCCUGAGGAGCCGGCCCUGAAGAAGCGGCGGGAGCAGCUGGCCUACCUGCAGUCCGACGAGUUCCAGAAGAUCCUCAAUGCCAAGUCCAGACAUGAGGGGGUGCUGCAGGCGGCAGAGAUUCAGAUGCAGGAGCAGUACUUUGAUCCCCUGGUGAAGAAAGAGCAGAUGGAGGAGAAGAUGAGGAACAUCCGAGAGAUGAAGUGCCGAGCCGUCACCUGCAAAACGUGCAAGUACACCUACUUCAAGCCCCUGGACCAGUGUGUGGAGAAGAAGCAUGACUACCACUGGCACGACGCUGUCAAGCGCUUCUUUAAGUGUCCUUGUGGCCAGCGAGCCAUCGCCCUGGACCGCCUACCUCACAAGCACUGCAGCAACUGCGGCCUGUUCAAAUGGGAGAGGGACGGCAUGCUGAAGGAGAAAUCGGGCCCGAAGAUAGCGGGGGAGCUGCUCUUGCCCCGCGGAGAGGAGCAGCCCAAAUUCCUCAGCAGCAUGAAGUGACGCCCAGGUCACGUGACUCAAGUGUCGUCACCCUCCGGAUCGUUGUCCCUGUGACACGGUUUUGACGCCGUUCUCUGCGUCUGUGCUGUUCAAAGCCUCGUUAAGGUCGACGCUGCUCUUACUCGAUUAUGUCAACGUUUUAGCGUUUUAAUUCCUGUGAAUGUUGCGUGUGGCAUGAGCUGGCAUUUUUUGUUGUUGUCAGUAUGGAAAUAGCACUGAGACUUUUUUUUGCCUUGUUCUGUCACUGCUUAAGAAUUGGCAGUGAAGGCUGAUCUACCUCUAACUACGCUGCAAGUUGCUGUUGAAAGUGGCUGCUUCUCAGAGCAUUAGGAGCAGUGAUAUGUCAGUUGCCAUUUUCCGUUAGGCCAAGUUUUAUGUGAAGUGGAGGUGGCGAGAGCACUUUUACCUGCUGUUGCUGUUGGGCCUGUUCUGCCUUGUCUCGCCGAAGAGGUACUAGCCUCUCUUUCACCCAGAUCAUGUCAUACGGGAAAUAAAUAAAUGUUUAAAUCUAGA